AAACACAGCGAGUGAAGCAAGUUUCUCCUCGAAAGCUGGAAGUGUUCUUCAUCCACGCCGUCUCCGCUCGUGAAGUCCCCAGAACUGGGCAGGGUGGGCUUGGAAUAGGGACAAAGAACGGAACCGGGAGGGGGAGGAGCAUGUCCCCCUCCCCGCCUUGGUGCGCGCCGCGCCCCCUACCCUCCGGGUACCCGGCCGGGGACGCGCGGACCGGACGUGCCCAGACGGCCGCGAUGGCGCCAAGGGCUCGUGGCCGGCGCUGGCCGCUGGGCUCCUGCCCGGGCGCUCCGGGCCGGGGCGCGGUCGUCUUUGUGUGGCUCUUUCUUGGCACUUUGUGCGCAGCUCCUGCCAGUGCCAUCCAGGUGACUGUGUCAGACCCCUACCACGUGGUGAUCCUCUUCCAGCCCGUGACCCUGCCCUGCACCUACCAGUUGACCACGACCCCCACAGCACCCAUCGUGAUCUGGAAGUACAAGUCUUUCUGCCGGGACCGCAUCGCCGAUGCCUUUUCUCCAGCCAGUGUUGACAACCAGCUCAAUGCCCAGCUGGCAGCUGGUAACCCGGGCUACAACCCCUAUGUGGAGUGUCAGGACAGUGUGCGCACUGUCAGGGUUGUAGCCACUAAGCAGGGCAAUGCUGUGACCCUGGGAGAAUACUACCAGGGCCGGAGGAUCACCAUAACAGGAAAUGCUGACCUGACCUUUGACCAGACGGCUUGGGGGGACAGUGGUGUGUAUUACUGCUCCGUGGUCUCAGCCCAGGACCUCCAGGGGAACAACGAGGCCUACGCAGAGCUCAUCGUCCUGGGGCCACAUCUGACCCCAGAGGCCCUUGCCAAAGCACAGGAACCUUGCGCUCUGCCUGCUGGGAUGGCAUUUUGUGGCUUAGACAGCAGGACCUCGGGGGUGGCUGAGCUCUUACCUGGUUUUCAGGCGGGGCCCAUGGAAGACUGGCUGUUCGUGGUUGUUGUCUGCCUAGCUGUCUUCCUUGUCUUCCUCCUCCUGGGCAUCUGCUGGUGUCAGUGCUGCCCGCACACCUGCUGCUGUUACGUCAGGUGCCCCUGCUGCCCAGACAAGUGCUGCUGCCCAGAGGCUUUGUAUGCUGCUGGCAAAGCAGCCACCUCAGGUGUCCCGAGCAUCUACGCCCCUAGCACCUAUGCUUACCUUUCUCCUGCCAAGACCCCACCCCCAGCAGCCGUGAUUCCUAUGGGCACUGUCUACAAUGGAUACGCUGGAGACUUCGACAAGAAUAGCUCAGUAGGUGGCUAUAGCUCCCAGGUACCCCUGCUUCGUGAUGCAGACAGCAGUGUGUCCUCGGAAGUCCGUAGUGGCUACAGAAUUCAGGCCAGCCAGCAGGAUGACUCUAUGCGAGUCCUGUACUACAUGGAGAAAGAACUGGCCAACUUUGACCCUUCUCGACCUGGCCCCCCCAGCAGCCGUGUAGAGAGAGCCAUGAGUGAAGUCACCUCCCUUCACGAAGACGACUGGAGAUCACGGCCUUCCCGCGGCCCUGCCCUCCCACCAAUCCAGGAUGAGGAAUGGGGUCGCCACUCCCCUCGGAGUCCAAGGAGAUGGGAGCAAGAGCCCCUUACAGAACGGCCCAAGAGUGGGUGGGGGGCCGGGCGUCCCCGGGCUCGCUCUGUGGAUGCUCUGGAUGACCUCACGCGGCCAGGCUCUGCUGAAUCAGGGAGGAGGUCUCCCCCAAAUAAUGGGAAGAGAGGCCGAGCUUAUGCACACCCCCGAAGCCGCAGCCGUGACGACCUCUACGACCAAGAAGACCCAAGGGGCUUUCCACACUCCCAGGAACCCCACUUCGAUGACUUCAGGUCUAGAGACCGCCCUAGUGCUGACCCGAGGAACCGCUCCCACCGCUCUCGGGAUGCUCGGAACGAGAGGUCCAAGGACCCCCAAUACGACGGCCGGCUUCUGGAAGAGGCCUUGAGGAGGAAGGGGCCAGCGGAGAGGAGACCUUACAGGGAGGAAGAGGACGACUACUACCCUCCAGCGCCUCCCCCUUAUUCCGAGACCGACUCCCAGGCCUCUCGGGAGCGGAGGCUCAAGAAGAACUUGGCCCUGAGUCGGGAAAGUUUAGUCGUCUGAUCUCAUGUUUUGUAUGGAGUUUUGUACUUUUUUUUUUUUUUUAAUUUGAGGAACUUGGUAUUCUUCUAAGUCUAAUAAAAUAUACGAUCACAAGGCCUAA